UUUAGAGAUGAUUGCUGAAACGCAAAACGAUUCCUCAGCAGAGCUAUUUGCAUAUUAUAAAGUCUCACGGAGCUGUCCAUUUCCUCUCCAUCGCCCACCCCCACCCAUCUUUCAUCCCACCCUUCCCUCCUCCCUAACGGUGGCUGCUUCAGGCUGUCAGCGAGGCAGGCUAUAAAACCGAGAGGGACGGCUCAGAGAGGAGCCUGCAGCUUUUGAGUAACUGCCUCCGCGCGGAAAACAUCUACCCGACUCAAACUUUUGGAUAUUUUAAGGGAAACUCACACGUGGGGCCUCUAAACGCGCGGGAGUCAUUGGUUUUUUGUUUGAUCAAAUCAGGCGUUUUCGGAGAACCUUUUCUGGAGAUUUGGGAUGCUGGUUCCCUGCGCGCUCCGCUCCCUGCUGUGCGUCCUGAGCUGCGCGUGGUGGCUUCACGCGGGACAAGCAUCGCGGCUAAAGUCUCCAACUCUGCCCAUCCAGUCGGAGAGAGAGCCGCUGGCUUCCAAAGAACUGGAAGAAUGCUCCUUUGGAGGUCGAUCUUAUUCUUUGGAAGACACGUGGCACCCGGAUCUGGGGGAGCCUUUUGGCGUCAUGCACUGUAUCCAGUGCUACUGCGAACCCCAAAAACAUCGUCGGGGAAAGAAGUCUGGGAAGGUCAACUGCAAGAAUAUAAAGCAGGACUGUCCGGACCUGGACUGUGACGAUCCCGUCCUGCUGCCAGGGAACUGCUGCAAGAGCUGCCCUAAAGAUACCAAGAAACAAAGCGACCCUCUCCUUGAUGGCUUUGAGUUCUUGAAUGAGAAGAGCAAAGACGAUGAUCUCCACAAAUCCUACAACGACAGGUCUUAUCAGAGCUCUGAAGACACAAACCCAGGAGAGAGCCGGACCGAUUUUGUAGCGUUGUUGACAGGAGUGACCAACUCAUGGCUGCCCAGCUCAAGCGGAGUUGCCAGAGUUCGCUUAACUCUGACCAGGACCAGCUUGACCUUCUCCAUCACAUAUGAGAGAAUGAGCCGCCCCACUAAGGUGGUCUUCAUGGACUCCGAUGGGACCACUGCAUUUGAAUAUAAAAUCCCCAAAGAGCCGUCAGACAUGAUCUGUGGAGUGUGGAAGAACGUGGCCAAGCCUCUCCUGAGACAGCUGCAGUCCGAACAAAUGCGCAUCAGCAUGGCCACGUCUGGGAGUAGAGGGGGAGAACUGGAGGGGAAGGUCAUCAAACACAGGGCGCUGUUCGCUGAGACGGUCAGUUCAAUCCUGACAUCAGAGAAGGAGAACUCUGGAAUGGGAGGAAUCGCCAUGUUGACCUUAAGUGACAGCGAGAACAACCUCCACUUCAUCCUCAUCAUGCAGGGUCUCAUCAAGCACAAAGAGCCUGUGAUGGUGCCCAUCCGGGUCCAGCUGGUCCACCGCCAGCGCGUCCUGAGAGAGAUCAGGGCCAAUAUCACCUCCCAUGAUCCAGACUUUGCAGAAGUACUGACCAACUUAACCAGCCGGGAACUGUUAUUGUUAUAUCGAGGUCAGCUGGAGAUAACCAUAGAAACUCAGGGUCAAGACCCCCGGCGGAUCUCCGGAUUCAUCACCAGCAGAAAGUCCUGUGACACUAUUCAGAGUGUGAUGUCCAGCGGAGACACAUUGACACCAGGGAAGACGGGAGGUGUGGGAUCUGCCAUCUUUAACCUCCACAGUAACGGAACGCUGGACUAUAAGGUCCAGGUGGCGGGUCUUAGCAGCGAGGUCUUGGGCCUCACCAUUGAGCUGAAGCCCCGGCGCAGAAACAAGCGCUCCAUCCUUUACGAUUUGACCCCAGAGUACAGUAAAUCCUCUGGUCAGGCAGAGGGCAGUUGGAGUCCCAUGGAGGCUCGAUACAUCCACAUGCUGCUGCAGAACGAGCUCUUCAUCAAUGUGGCCACGGCACAUUACCAGGAGGGGGAGCUCCGUGGGCAGAUCAAGGCACUGCCAUACAGCGGUCUGGAUGUGCCCAGAUACGAGCUCCCCACCCCUCUGGCUGGAUACUUUGUGUCCCCUCCUGUGAGAACCGGAGCCUCUGGCCACGCCUGGGUGUCGGUAGACAAACAGUGCCAUUUGCACUAUGAAAUAAUAGUUGCAGGUCUCAGUAAGACCGAUGACAGCACAGUGAACGCCCACCUCCAUGGACUGGCUGAGAUUAGAGAUUUGGAGGACAGCGGCUCUUCACACAAGAGGCUGCUGACAGGUUUCUUUGGCUCCCAGGCUCAAGGAGUUUUAAAGGACAUCAGCGCUGAACUGCUGCAACAUCUGGACCAAGGAACAGCCUUCAUCCAAGUCAUCACUAAGAUGAACCCUCAAGGAGAAAUACGAGGAAGAGUUCAUGUCCCGAACAGCUGCAAGUUUGGUGUUGGAGGAGAUGGGGAGGAGGCCGAGUUCGGGGACUUCUUUGUGAAGGACCCUGAGGAGAUAAAGAAAGACCCCCACACCUGCUUUUUUGAGAACCAGUACCAUGCUCACGGUUCCAACUGGACCCCCAACUAUGACCCGUGUUUUUCCUGCAGCUGCCAGAAGCGGACAGUGAUCUGUGACCCGGUCAUCUGUCCAGUGCAGACUUGUUCCAGAACCAUUCAGCCGGAGGACAAAUGCUGCCCAGUCUGUGAUGAUAGGAAGGAGCCUAAAGACAUGAAGGCCUUAAAGAAGGUGGAAGAACACCCUGAAGGUUGUUACUUUGAAGGAGACCAAACGAUGCAUGCUCCAGGAACCACCUGGCAUCCCUUUGUUCCUCCUUUUGGCUACAUUAAAUGUGCUGUAUGCACAUGCAAGGGUUCUACAGGGGAGGUCCACUGUGAGAAGCUGACCUGUCCAGUAUUGACUUGCAGCCACCCGGUGAGGCGUAGCCCCUCUGAUUGCUGUAAGGAGUGUCCGGAGGAGGAGAGGACACCUGCAGGCCUGCAGCAUGGGGACAUGAUGCAGGGCGACGGCCCGCGCAAGUGCAAAUUCGGGAAGAAUUAUUACCAGAACAGUGACAGCUGGCACCCCUGGGUGCCGCUAGUGGGCGAGAUAAGGUGCAUCAACUGCUGGUGUGACCAUGGUGUCCCCAAGUGUCAGCGGAAACAGUGUCCCAUACUGAGCUGCUCCAACAUCACGCGCACCGAUGGUUCUUGCUGCCCUAAAUGUGCAGAUGACAAAGAAGCUGGUCUGAUAACGAAGAAAGCACCAGAGAAGGGAAGAAACAGAAGACACUGAUCCGUUGGAACUCCUAAGAAGAAUACCAAACCUUUCCCACCCUCCUCUUCCUCCUCCUACCAUGUGGACCUAAUUCACACUGGGAGCUCCCAUCCCAUGCCAGACACCCACCCUCUUAUCAGCUUCAAGAUUGUAAUAAAGAUGGAAGAAAAGGAACAUGAAAACGGAGAAACAAGGUGGAUCAACCAAGCGUUCCUCUUUGCUGCCUCUGCUUAAGGUUCCACAAGAGAAGCUGUAGAUUCCUGUCAGUCUUGGAGCAGGAUUUGAAGCCAGCUGGAUUUGGAAGACUUUGGGAAGACUGUGCGUCGUCUUCCAUUGACAGAGCUCGUCUUUGAGGCAGAGCUGCUGGAGCGCAAACUGGACACAGCGGCAAAAGUAUGAUUGAGCGCAGAUGAAGAGUCAUGAGUCAUAACAUUAGAUAGUUUUCUUCAGCUGUCCGUUUCAGCAAACAUGACAUCAGCCCGUUUCAGGGCGUUUGGUAGAAUUUUCUUUGGCUGAUGGAUGUUUGUCUGGACUCUGCGACAGACUGGCGACCUGUCCAGGAUGUCCCCUCCCUUCGCCCACAAGUGGCCGGAUAGGCUCCAGCAGCCCUGUGACACCGAAAGGGACAAAACAGAAGAAAUGAAUGAAUGAAUGAAUGAAUGAAUGAAUGAAUGAAUGAAUGAAUGAAUGAAUGAAUGAAUGAAUGAAUGUUUGUCUGGACUUUCAGAUGAAUAAAUCUAUCUACUGUAGUGGUCGGUGAAUGUAAAUUUGUGGGCUGUUUUUGUGCAUUUUUGGGCUGUUUUCUUUGAAACUCCUGUACAUAAAGAAUUUUCCAACUUUGUUCGGUUUGUAUCUUUUUUAACGACAAUGUGUUUUUUUUCUCUUUGUUUUCUCUGUGCAGAAUAUUAAG